UCUACAAAACGUGAUGUUUGCGGUCAAAAGAGCCAAUCAGCUGUUUGAUCAGGCUUCCCGUCAUGCCCUGGCUCUCGCGAGGUUAUCGUUGCCCACGCGUGCGUGACGUCAGAGGAAGCCGGGCUCAAAUCGGGCGGAAACGGCAUUGUUCGGGGAUCGAGUCCUGUCGUUUCGGGCCUGUAGAUGGUUUGUCUUGAGAUGCUUCAGAUGGCCUGUUGGUGUUUGGACAAAGUACCAACCGACCGAAGUGUUCAGACACGCUGCUUGUGUCAAAUAUAAGUUUCACACUCAGUUUAGCGGAGAAGGUUUAUUCUGAAAGAGUUGAGGCGGAAGUGUUGUUGUACAUGCUGCUAGCUUCAGACGCGACGAGGACUCAAACGGACGGCCGUUAAACGGGGCCAUAACGCCACCGAGCACCGGUAACCGGCUUCAGACACGACGAGGACUCAAACGGACGGCGGUUAACGGAGCUGUAACGCCACUAGCACCGGUAACCGGCGGUCCUUCAUUAAGAUCUCCGCCUUUUAAAAGUUGUCAGCGGCCGCCAUGUUGGAUUGAGGCGUUAACGGCCGGCCUUCUUCACGGUGCCUCCUGCAGACUCCGCGCUGAGCUCCAGAGAGGAACAGCAGGUCUCAGCUCGUUGGUGUGAGUUGAGACGCUUCUGACGAGGAGGAGAGGAACAUCGGCGACCAUUUUGUCCGACUUCAAGACGGCUGACUGAGGAAGAGGAAGCAUGAGUUCUCCACAAAAGAAACAGAGAGGCACAAAAAACCCCAGAUCUCACCGCUGUCAACAAUGUGAGAAAGAAUUCCCUACAUCACAUCGGUUAAAGAUUCAUCAGAGAAUUCACACUGGAGAGAGACCGUACAGCUGUGACCAGUGUGAGAAAGCUUUCACUGCUGUCUAUUACCUAACACAACACCAGCACACUCACACUGGAGAGAGACCAUACAGCUGUGAGCAAUGUGGUAAAGCAUUCACUACUGUCUUUAACCUUAAACAACAUCAGCACUCUCACACUGGAGAGAGACCGUACAGCUGUGACCAGUGUGAGAAAACAUACAAAACAGCAAGUAAUCUAACAGUUCAUAAAAAAGUGCACACUGGAGAGAGACUAUACAGCUGUGAGCAGUGUGGGAAAACAUUUUCAAGGUCAAGUACCUAUAGAACCCACCAACGGAUUCAUAGUGGAGAGAAACCCUUCAGCUGUGACCAGUGUGGUAAAGCUUUCACUAGUUCUAGUCAUCUCAGGAGUCACCAGCUCAUUCACACUGGAGAGAAAUCGCACCACUGUGACCAAUGUGGGAAACGAUUCUCUCAUCUACAAAGCCUUAGAGUCCACCAACGCAUUCACACUGGAGAGAAACCGUACCACUGCAGACACUGUGAGAAGUCUUUCAUUACUUCAUCAGGCCGCAACGUACAUGAACGGAUCCACACUGGACUGAAACCAUACAGCUGUGAGGACUGUGGGCAGAGAUUCACUCAUCUAGAUUCUUUCAAGAUUCAUAGAAACAUCCACACUAAAGAAAAAAUCUACCCUUGUCAGCUAUGCGGGCAAGUCUUCAUUUGCUCCAGUUCAUAUACGUUUCAUGAACGUAUCCACACUGGAGAGAAACCCUACAAGUGCAAACACUGUGAGAAAGCAUUCUCCUCAUCAGUAACACGCUUAAGACACGAGCGUGUCCACACUGGAGAGAAACCAUACAGCUGUGAGCCAUGUGGGAAGAGAUUCCGUAGUUUAUCUUCAUAUUGCAGACACAAGCUUGUCCACGCUGGACUCGAACCACACCAGUGUCUAAACUGUGACAAACGUUUCAUUUCAUCGUCCGAGCUCUCACGGCAUCAGCGUGUCCACACUGGACACAAACCGUACUGGUGUGACAAAUGUAAGAAAAACUUCACCUGGGCAAUUCAGCUGAAGAGACACAAGUGUGUCUAAACCAGAUACCAAAACACCAAACCUGGACCCUCAUGUUUCGUUAGUGAGUUUGUAAAUGAAAUUAAAUCCAGAGAGUGGUAGGAAGUGAUAGUAAAACAUAAAAACAACAGAGUUGCGAAGUUGCCAGGAGAGUUUCAUGCCGACCCAAAUACUAUAGUAUGAUGUGUUGUGAUAAGAGUUAUUAUGUUUAUGUUAUUGAUAUCUGUUUUAACAAAAGUAAUCCACUUAAGGAAAUAUAUGGAGAGGCAAAAUUGUAAUAGUGUAUGAGGAAAUGUUGAAGCUGAUGUACAAUCAAAUAUCAAGUAUGAACAAACAGACUGAAAGUACACUCAAGUCUCACUAACGGCAAUGCUCCAAGAUGAUUUUAGGAGAUUAGGUCUCUAAGAUUUCUGUCAAAAACAAGAAAACAUCUGACAUUUGGAUCAUUGUGUAAUGUCUGUAAACACGUCCUGCUGGAUUCCCAGAAAACCGUAAUGAGUUCUUGGAACAUCACAUAAACUUAUUGGAAACCAGACGGGGUGGUAGGGGCGAUAUGGCCCUAUAAUAAUAUUUUAGGGUACUUAUGUGAUAAUGAUAUACUUGACGAUAUAUGAUAUAUUUGUUUAUUGAAAAAUUAUAUGUAAUAUUUGAAAGAAUACAUUACCCUAUUUAUAGUAGGUUAUUUCUUAUUUCACCAUUUUAAUUCAACUUAAUUAUCCACCUUAUUUUAGUGUUUACUCACAAACUACUUUAAUCUCGCGUUUUGGACUUUUUCACCUAUGAGCCGCGUGUGGAGGAAGCUUGUUGUUAAUGAAGUCGCCUAUUGAAAUGAUCAAAACCAACGUGGUACCGAAUGACAUUGGCACCAACGGGUGCACUCACAAGCUUUUACUAAACGGCGACAUAACAGGAGACUGUUUCUCUGCAGAGCAUGUAUAUGAUAUGUAUUAUCUUUGGUUUUUCUGUUACUCUGCAGACUGACUGGGCUUUUGUUAUUUUCAAUAAAAGUCUUUUGUUUGGAAGAA